CGGGCAGUGUGCAACGGAGUCUUCUACACGCACAUCUACAGAGGAUAUUCAAAAUGAACCCAACAUUCAAGAAUGGCAGUGGCUUGCCUCCUGUGAAGUCAACUCCUGAUGCCUCAGUAUGUGUGACGGCUCAACGACCAGACAAACAUUGCCAACAUGCCAAAAGAUGCCAUACAAGCAAUAUGGACAAACAAGGGCUCAAGCCGCAUCGCACAAAUGCUUAUAUAGAGACUGCACUCGCCAGAGAGAUUUCCUCUCCUUUUUCCUUCCCAGAUUCGAUAUUCUCGUUGAUGGCUACAAUAGUCAAGAUAGGAAUUCAGUUCGUUAUUAUCUUCUAUUCCGAGCCCGUGACAACUACUCCCAGCACAGCUUAGUAUCCCAACAUGGCAGAAUGCCUUAUUCAGUUGAUGAGUGACAUGUGUGACAGUGGCAGUGUAGGAUUCCAUCAAGUGUGGGUUGAUAUUUGCCAUCUUGAAGUCAAUGGAUGAAGCGCAAGUUUCAAUACCUGAGUGACCAUCUGAUUUUAGAGAUGUGCCUGAGCUGUUAAUAAAUGAAGUAUCGCUGCAGGU